AUGGCGAGUGACUUAGAAGAGGACAAGAUUUGGAUCACGGAUCAUGAGGUUCAGAAGGGCAUGAGCGCUCAGAAUGUGCGGGAGUUGAAGGUGAAGACGGUCAAGAAGGGGACGGUGUUGACACAGAAGGCCUUCGCAGCGGGCUCUGCGGGGAUUGGGCACCUCAGCGCCUUCGGCGGCAGCCUCGAGGCACCGGUGGCGCUUUGCGGCACGCUGAGCAAGGUUUCUCUUGGAGAGCACGACAAUGUGGUUUACAAGGGCGCAAGCUCCGGCAAGAAGGAGCAGUUGCAGGCCUCCUUGGCGGAUCCCUCCAAUUGGGAGCCCACCCGAGCGCGCAUGCUCACGGCCUUCUCCAUUGCCUCGGAUGAUGACAACACGACCACAAGCAUGGACAUGACCAUGACUACUACGUUCAUGCAGAACCACACGGCCACGGAGACCACGAUGACGACCAUGUACCCGUCGACGACGCCCAUGAUGACCACCAUGGAGACCACCAUGGGCACCACAAUGAUGGGCACGACCAUGGGCACGACCAUGGAGAUGACCACCUCCCGGAACACCGUGAGCAGUGCCCGGGCGGCCUGCGCGGGGGCGCUAGCCUUCCUGGGCCUGGUGCUGUAG